UAAUGGCAGUAAAAUGUGCCCUGAAAUAGAUGAUAAACAGACGUUUCUAAUGUUCUCAUUUUACUGCCAGAAAAAGAAGAUGUCAAAAUGAAAACUGAGAAGGAAACUGCCAUGGAUGUGAAAAAAAAAGAGCCUAGCAAAGCCCCAGAAAGCAAACAAGGGACAAUAAAAGUUGCAGCGCAAGCACCUACUAAAAAAGAGGAAAAGAAGGAAGAUUCCAAGAAAACAAAAACACCUACAGAAGAACUACCCAAGGGAAAAAAACAGGAAAAGAAAGAAAAACACAUGGAACCAGCAAAGUCACCAAAGAAGGAACAGUCAGCUCCAAGUGAAAAACACAUUAAAGCAAAGACUGAACGAACCAAAGAAGAGGUUGGUUCUGCCUCAUCGAAAAAAGCUGUACCUGGAAAGAAGGAAGAGAAAACAACCAAGACAGUGGAGCAAGAAAUUAGAAAAGAAAAAUCUGGGAAGACUUCUUCAGUUCUGAAGGAUAAAGAGCCUAUUAAGGAAAAAGAAGUAAAGGUUCCAGCUUCCCUAAAGGAAAAAGAACCUGAAAUUAAAAAAGAUGAAAAGAUGUCCAAAGCAGGUUACAGGCAAUGUACCGGAAAUAAAAAUGAAGUGAACUCCCAGGUUACAAAAUUCACAGGCAAAGAAGUUAAGCCCAAGUCUCCACAGCCACAAGUGAAAAAACAAGAGAAGCCAGAGUCACAAGUUAAAAAGGAAGCAAAACCAGCUUCAUCUGAAAAAUCUCAAAUACACAAACAAGACACAGUGAAACCAGAAAAGGCUAUUUCUCAUGGUAAACCAGAUGAAAAAGUUGUCAAGCAUGUAAAAGCUACCACGAUAGAAAAAACAGUCAAACCCAAACCAACAAAAAAAGCUGAACAUCAAGGAAAAGAAAUUCCGUCUAUAAAAACAGACAAACCAAAACCAACUCCAAAGGAAACACCAGAAGUAACAGAAUCAGUGAAAAAGAAAAUUGAAAAAUCUGAAAAGGAAAGUAAAGGUAAAUACAUUUUAAGGCAUGUAUAUCAAAUUAGUGAUAAAAGCACAGGAAUCAAAAAUAUGUAAUUAUACAAAUUAUGUCACUUAAAAAAGCAAUUCAUGGAAAUAUGGACAUUUGUUUUAAAGUGAAUACCAGAAUUGCAGCUAUUUAGGGGGUUAUUCAUGUGAGGAGUGUAGUAUUGCAUUAUUAUUAGAUAUCUAAAGGGAACAGGAAGUUAGAUCUUAAAGCAAACUCCUUCUGUUAUUGCUAUA